CAGCCAAUACCAUUAAAAACUAUCUUCAAAACAGAGAAGAACAAGGAGUCCUGGAAGUAGAGUUCUGUUUUCAACAUUAUUGGGAUUGAAGAGACAGAAGGAUUUGAGGCAGCCUGCAUCCCCAGAAGGAAUCUACAGUGGAGAAGAUCCAGUGUGGAAGAAGGAUGAUGUUUCUUUUCAGGAGAGACACUUUGGUCCUGGUUGUCCUCCUUCUCAUCCUCCAGGCGCAUGAGUGCCUGUCAUCGAAAGGAGAGGACCGGCUGUUCCGCCGCCUCUUCCGGAAGUACAAUCAGUUCAUCAGGCCGGUGGAGAACGUCUCAGACCCUGUGACGGUGGAGUUCGAGGUCUCCAUCUCUCAACUCGUCAAAGUGGAUGAAGUCAAUCAGAUAAUGGAGACCAACUUGUGGCUACGACAUAUAUGGAACGACUACAAGCUGAAAUGGUCUCCAGCCGAUUUCGACAGCAUCGAGUACAUCAGGGUUCCGUCCAAUAAGAUCUGGAGGCCUGAUAUUGUCCUCUACAACAAUGCUGUAGGUGAUUUCUUGGUUGAAGACAAGACUAAAGCUCUGCUGAAGUACGAUGGAACCAUCACGUGGGUCCCUCCGGCCAUCUUCAAGUCGUCCUGCCCGAUGGACAUCACCUACUUCCCCUUUGACUACCAGAAUUGCUCGAUGAAGUUUGGUUCGUGGACAUACGACAAAGCCAAGAUCGACCUGGUUCUGAUCGGCUCCAAGGUCAACGUCAAGGACUUCUGGGAGAGCGGCGAGUGGGAGAUCAUCGACGCGCCGGGCUACAAGCACGACAUCAAGUACAACUGCUGUGAGGAGAUCUACACGGACAUCACGUACAGCUUCUACAUCCGCCGCCUGCCUCUGUUCUACACUAUCAACCUCAUUAUCCCGUGCCUCCUCAUCUCCUUCCUGACCGUCCUCGUCUUUUACCUUCCGUCGGACUGCGGCGAAAAGGUGAUGCUCUGCAUUUCCGUCCUUCUCUCCCUCACCGUCUUCCUCCUGGUCAUCACAGAGACCAUCCCCUCCACGUCGCUGGUCAUCCCGCUGAUCGGCGAGUACCUGCUUUUCACCAUGAUCUUUGUUACUCUCUCCAUCGUCAUCACCGUCUUCGUGCUCAACGUGCACUACCGCACUCCCACCACGCACGCCAUGCCCUCCUGGGUACGCGCCGUUUUCCUGCGAGCUCUGCCCAGAAUCAUGUUUAUGAGACGCCCCACGGACCAGUCUGAGUCGUCCAGGAACGCCGGCUUGCCUGAGGGAUCGCCCGGAGAAGGAGAAGGCAAGAAAAGCAACUGUCUUGAGUUCGGUGAAGGAAAAGCAGCAGAAGGGGAGGUGAAGAAAGCGCCAUGUCCACGCCAUCCGGUCAAAGAGCCUCCCGAAGGGGAUUGUGGGAAACCGAGUCGGCAGCUGAGCGGCGUAAACACGAUGGUGGCGUUUUCGGUCGUGUCUCCUGAAAUCAAGCAGGCCAUCGAGAGCGUCAAGUACAUUGCGGAGAACAUGAGGAGCCGCAACAAGGCUAAAGAGGUGGAGGACGAUUGGAAGUACGUUGCCAUGGUAAUCGACCGUAUCUUCCUGUGGGUGUUUGUGACGGUGUGUUUGCUUGGAACAAUGGGUCUCUUCUUCCAGCCUCUUAUCAGUUUCCUGGCAUGACGGCUGACCGGAGACACACCGAUCGCUUAAAUCACUGAUUCACGAGUUUCCACGUACCAUCACCUAGAAGAAAUGAAGAACGAGCUUUCACACCUUUUAAUCCAUGUAUAUGUUGUAGUACGGUUCAGGUGUGAAACAAACUAAUUGGACAAAAAAUAUAUUGAAAUAAAAAUACAGUAUAUGGGCAAAAGUA